UCUUCACUUGCAGUUUGACAACAGCGCAGAGCUCGCAAAACCUCCAGACCGUCCCUGAAAUAGCCACUAUCUAGCUGCUCACCAAACUGCUCUCUGAUCUUACUCUUCAGCCUCAGCCAUUUCCAAGAACAAGACUCACAGGUUUUUGUAGCUAGCUAGAUAUAUCGAAACCCAAGCUCAUGGAGUUUGACCUGCUGAGUUACAGCCCGGAAGCUCAGCUUGAGCUGAUGAACACGAUGCUUCAGCUGGAGCAGCUCACUGCGCUCGACCAGUCGCUGAUGUCGCCUAUCUCACCGCCGAUAUCCCCCGUGCAAACUCCAGCAGCUCACUUCUCGCCUCCAGUAUACAUGUCGACUACCACGACUAGCACUGGUUACCCGGACCAGUACACCCCGCCUGCCGCGUACUCCGCCAGCCCCGAGCAUCAGGAUUACGUGCUGCCCCUAGGCGCCGACGCCGUGGGCGCGCUGCAGGCAGGGUCGUCGUCGGGGGACGCGAUGCGGGAGAUGAUCUUCCACAUCGCGGCGCUGCAGCCGGUGGAGAUCGACCCGGAGGCGGUGCGCCCGCCGAAGCGGCGCAACGUGCGCACCUCCAAGGACCCGCAGAGCGUGGCGGCCCGGCUGCGGCGGGAGCGCAUCAGCGAGCGCAUCCGCACCCUGCAGCGGCUCGUCCCGGGCGGCACCAAGAUGGACACGGCAUCCAUGCUGGACGAGGCCAUCCACUACGUCAAGUUCCUCAAGUCCCAGGUGCAGUCCCUCGAACGCGCCGCGGCCGCCACCCACCGCGCGGCCGCGCUCGGCGCCGCGUACCCGGCACUCCACGCGCCGUGGCAGUACGCGCUUCCCCACGGCGACAUGUAACAGACGUCUGCUCAUCACCGUCGCGCCACCGACGCGUCUGACGCCGUUGGAGGUCUCGAUCGGACGGUCUCUGCUGCUGCUGCUGUAGCUGCUGUCGUAGUGUUGUGUGUGCAUUCAGUGCAUGAUCACAUGCGUGUGUAAAGAAGUAGGAACCUCGACACAUUUAUUGUUGUCACCGCAUGCUAGCUCUUACUGCGUGGCUGCUCGAUCCAAGCUUUUGUUGGACUCGCAGCUAGCCCGUGCAUGCACGUACGUACGUGCGUACCUGCGUAGGCUGUACAUUUCCUUGUGCCUUUAUCAAUGCACAGCUUCGUUUUCGCAUGCUUCA